AUGUUAAUUUUUAAAUUGUUAGUUUUAAUAUUGUUUUUUAAUUGUAUUUAUUCGAGUGAUAUAAUUUUAAAAAAUAUCAGAAAUGUUCGGGAUAGUAUGUCUAGUUUUGAUAAAUAUGGUUGUUCACCUGUAUUUAGUAAAAGUUUAAACGAAACAAAUAGUUUAAAAAAAAUAAUAAAACAAUAUUUAUUGGAUUCGAGUAAAUGUAGUGUGAAUGAAUACAAUUUUAUUGUUGGAAAUUUAAAACCAAAAAUAGAGUCACUUUCAAAUGAAUUGGAAUAUCUUUUACACAGAUGUAAUGCAAGAGACUACAGUAGCGAUUCUCUAAGUUUAGAGAGACCGGCACGUCUACAUCAAUUUUUACAAGAGUGGAAUUCAACAUUAGAGUCAUUGGGCCAAGAGAUCGAAACAAGAGAUUUUUACACCUUCAAUUUGGAUAGUAUUAAACAGUCUGCAAAUAUUGUGCACCAUAAAGAUUCGCAAUUUGAAAAUGACUUUUAUCAUUUUAAAGAUUGUCAAGAUUCCUAUUGUCCAGAGAUGGUUGUAAUUCCACAAGGCUCUUUUAUAAUGGGCGGUUCUGAUGAGGAACAUGCAGCAUUAUCGAUUUCUAAUGAAAUUAAAAAAUGGGAUUUACCAAGACACCAAGUUACAUUUAAAAAGAAAUUUGCAAUUGGCCAAUUUGAAAUUACAUCAAAGCAGUUUAGAGAAUUUGUAAAGGAAACAGGCUACAAGAUACCAAAAGGUUGCAUUGCAAUUAAAAACAUUGUAGAUCCCAGCACAGGCAAUAGAGUAUCAAGACUAUCGUUUAAUGACGAAUUGGACUACGAGAAUCUCGGUGAAGGUUUUGAGGACAGAGAUGAAAGCCACCCCGCAGUUUGCCUUAGACGUGAGGAUGUAAGAAACUUUGCACAGUGGCUAUCAAUUAAAACUGGUCAAACCUAUAGAUUGCCAUACGAAGCCGAAUGGGAGUAUGUUACUCGUGCAGACCAGAAAUACCAAUAUUACAUUUGGGGCAACACUACAGAAGGUGGUUGUAAAUAUGCAAACUUGUACGAUCUUGAUUCUUUUAAUAGAUUUAAAUUAGUUUUUAAAAAUUUUAAUUGUACUGAUGGUUUCGUUGCAACUGCACCAGUAGGUUCAUAUUUACCAAACCAAUUUGGUAUCUAUGAUUUAUUGGCAAAUGCAAGAGAAUGGGUAGAUGAUUGCUGGCACUAUAGCUUUGAUGGAGCUCCAAGUGACGGUUCUAGAUGGGGUGAAGAAAAUAAUGGUCUUUGUGAUUUUGGUGUAUUAAGAGGUGGUAGUUUCUUUUACAAUACUUUUAAUGUUCGUAUUGCCUACAGAAAUGCUUAUUUUAGUUCGCAAUCUAAAUCAUAUAUGUGGGGUGGUAGAUUGGUCAGAGAAAUUAACUAA